CCCAGAGCAGUCAAGUCAUGUCGGCCGCUAACCCUCUCCUUCGUACCGUCGCGUUCGCUGGCUGUCGUCGUUCUCCCUUGCUGUCAUCAAUUCGUUUGAGAUCUUCGACCCGACUAGCUGCCACAACUCGACCAGCAUUUGCUCUUCCUCGACUAGCCUUCACUACUUCUCGACUAGCAAUUGCUACUUCAUUCACACGCAAAAUGUCCUCCUCCACCCCCGUCAAGACGCACCCCUCGCUUUCUAUCGUGGCCACGCCGAACGCCCCCGCCGCCAUCGGGCCGUACGCGCAGGGCGUGAAGGUUGGGAUGCUUGUGUUCGCCUCGGGUUGCAUCCCCCUCGACCCCGCGACGGGGCAGAUUGUUGAGGGCGGGAUUGAGGCGCAGGCGCAUCAGGCGCUGAAGAACCUGAAGGCGGUCGUGGAGGCGUCGGGCUCGGAGCUCGGGAAGGUGGUGAAGUGCACGGUCUUCAUGAAGAACAUGGACGACUUUGCCGCUGUGAACGGUAUUUACGCGCGCUUCUUCGGCGAGCAUAAGCCUGCGCGGUCUGCCGUUGAGGUUGCUCGUCUUCCGAGGGAUGUCUUGGUCGAGAUUGAGGCUAUUGCGAGCCUCUGACUCCCCUCAAGCCUCUAGAGUUGCUGCGAGCAUGUGUGAAGUAACCAAUGUAAAGGAGAUGAGAGCCUUGAUGAGGAGUGCCGUCGCAAGAGAGCAGGAUGGCAUGUCCAGUAAAGACAUGCUUAAAACCGGCAAAAAGAGUAGUAGCCCACCGCGAGGGUCGAACUCGCAGCCUUCAGAUAAUCUUUCCCGCCC